AUGAGGACUUUAGGAGAGGUUGGGGCGCACAUGGCUUACAACACUGUAUUAGUCGGAAUUUUAAUCAUGUAUGGGUUAUUCGGAGCGUUCGUUUUUAGGAAAUUCGAGGCUACUGAACGUGUGUCAGUAUCAGACGGCCAGCCAGGAAUUUCGAGAGAUGAAUUACUUGUGGACCUGUGGAGUGGAAAAGAUCUUGACUUUGACACGUGGUCUGUGCAAGCGAAAAACAAAUUGGAUUUAUACGAAGAAGGUUUUAACCCGGAGUCGUCCAUUUCUGCCGAAUGGAGCUUAGAUGAGUCGUGGUUAUUCGCUUGCACAAUAUUCACUACUAUCGGUUAUGGCAAUAUUACCCCGAUGUCCACCUCUGGCCGUAUUUUCUGUAUUCUGUAUGGAUUUGUUGGAAUACCCUUGUUCAAUGUAGUUGCCGUGAGUGUAGGAUCUCUAAUAACCGGGGUGAUUCAAUUUUUUCACUCCACCUAUGAGAAGCGAAAGAGAAAAAUUGUGGCAGAAACACAUAAGAAAGACGACUUUGACUCUGAACCGCUGGCAAGUGAAGUCAACCAAGAGGGUAACCUUACUUUCAAGAGCGUCCUGAGCAUGACUGUAGCUUAUCUAGCGGCUGGUACACUGCUAUUCUCCCUGUGGGAGGAUUGGUCGCUGUUUGAAGCGUUCUACUAUUGCUUUGUGACUCUGACAACGAUAGGUCUCGGGGACUAUGUGCCGCAGAACAUGCACCACACGGUGUUCUUUGGUGGGUACAUUAUCGUGGGUCUUGUCUUGGUGACCAUGCUAUUUAGUACCAUGGAAGAAGAGAUUGCUCAGUGGUUUGAUAAGAUUAAGAGAGCGGCUGGGAUAACAAAGCACCCACAAGAGGACAAAAAGAAUCUCUAGGCCAUUAUACUGAUCUUGAAUACAUCUACACUUUGGAUUGUGUUUGAUUACCUCUGCAUGAACGAAAAAUGCCACCGUUGAGUGUUACUAGGUGAGAUACAUCUAAUCUGCAACCCCGAGAGCUACUGGUUAAAGAAACACAAUGGCGUUUAAGCGGAUACACACAAAUACAGCGCGCCAGAUGUGUGGCUAGAACAGAAAGUAGAGAUCUAAAAAUUCGUUGACCAAGAUGAGGAAAAUGU